AUGGUCAAUCCUCUAGCCGCUGCGCUCGGUCCAGUAGGUGGUCUUGCAGCAUGUGCCUGCUGUUUACUUCUUGCUGCUAUUUGGGGUCUUUUCGCUACGACGAUUGCCCUGGCCGCUAUUACAAAACAAUGGGUAGAUGCAGUAAAACAAGCUAACAGUGUGAGUGGUGCUGCAGAAAUGAUUUACAGUCAUUAUCUUCUCGUUGGAAUUUUAUGCUUAUAUGGCUAUUUUGGACUUCGGCGAGCACUUCGCUCUGCUAACUAA